GCCACUAACAACUAGCAAGUCCAGGACUAGGCUCAGCAAAAUGAAAAUAUUGCAGAUCUUGACUAUAGGAUGAAUAGAGUUUUUCGCCCAAAACCAAAAUGCGGUCAUACUCAUAGGGCUCGAAGCGCCUUAUUCUCGAUCGAUUCCGACGCUUGAAUCUUGUUGCUUCCGCUCAGGAUCAUCCGAGCGGUUGCCGAACGCACAGGAACACAUCCGCUUGAAAUCCCCUACUGCAUACACGAGGAGAAAAUGAUAACGACUCGAUCAAAGCAGCUCGGUUUCUUUGAGCCUCUUGAGGUUCUAGAUUAAGGCUACUAUCCUGUUUUGAGUAACAUAUUAGGCUACUGUGACUGUCCUGUUUUGAGUAACAUAUUAUUUAAAACAUUCAAAUUAUGAUCUAGUGAGUGUCUAUAGUUCCACCCAAUACCUAAAAGUCCCUACUCGGGUUAGCGUUAGAUUGCCUUAGUACACUCAGAUGCGUAACUGUGGUAUUAAUAUCUGCAUGAAGUAGUAGAACUAUGUACGUACUACCUACUGCUGCUUACUCAGACUCACUCAUCAAAGUUACUUCCGUUUCCCUCUAGGUAUCAUUAACCCUUACUUAUUAGCUCCGUUUCCCUCUAACUAUCGACAGAGUAUCAAAAUUCCGAGAUUCUGCGCAAGCUUCGGACGAUGAAGAAUUCCUAUUCCGGUUUUCGCCGUAUUCGUGGAGACGGAAAUUGUUACUAUUAUGUGCACCUACUGGGAUCCGGAUCCGCAUGACAUGACAUGAGUGGAAUGUAGUUCUAAAGUAAGUACUGUCGCGCUAUACAACUGCUUCUAAUGCUGUCGCGCACUAGGGUUUGCGUUCCUCGAGAGUGGUGGGCCAGAGGCUGCCUUAGGAUUACUGCGCAGACUGGAGGAAAGCCAAAACUCCGAUGAGCAUAAAACGCUGCACGUCGCUUUAACGGAAAUAUUGAGCAGGUAUGGUCCCUCUUGUCGAUCAUGGAACCAGAAAUUUUUUUGCCUACGAGAAACAAAUAGAAGCUUGUUGUACUAAUCUAAUUCGGUUUAGAUUCUGACCCUCCUCAUCGGACUUCAACGGUUUCAGUAUUGAGUAGUGAACCCGUAUCCGUCGAUCCUAUAUUUUUUAGCACAUAGAUUAUGUACCGCGUACUUAUCGGCGACGCCUUCCUAUCAUUUUGAAUGAAAGAACGAAUGAUACUAGCCGCAAUGUGAAUGUACAUCGCCAUCUUUACGACGAUCGUCUAUAGUUGCUCGUCCACCUCCACUUCGACAUUCUAAAGUUCUUGUGCAGGGGAAAACGGACAAAACGACACAAAUGAAAAUUUGAACAAGCAUCCACUUCUACGCAACAAAGAAUGUGACAAAUAUCUUCGCGCAUUGUAUGAACGCUUUUUGGUUGACUCGUCGUUGGACAAAUGCCUGGUUUCGGUGGUUCGAAGGUUUGUGGGUCAAUGCGUCACCGAAACCCAGAACGACAGAAUUCAAGACUUUGGGACUCUUGCGGAAUUGUUAACCAUGGCUUUGGGCCACGAAUCAGUUGAAGCGUUCUUGGAACAAGUUAAGGUGUGGAGGUGGCAAUACUGUCAACAGAGCUGGUUUACCUCAAGGAUCCUAGGUACAUCAAUCGAUGAAGCAAUCACUCAACCAAUGCGCCGUAAGUGAAAAUGCUCCGCAGGAGUAGUUCAACAUUACGUAGUUUGCUAGUGCUGGAACUGGUUUUACUAUUAAAUAUAUGAAAGAAGACAAGACAUCACCUUAUUAUUAUGAAAGAAGACAAGACAUCCUCUAAGCCCAAAGUCUUAAAAGACGGCGUAGAGGCUAUGGAUGUGGUGCAGAUCGUGGCGCCGAAAGUUAAGGCUCAACUUUCAAUGGUCACCAUUUAGAUUGGAGUCACUGAGAUCAUCGAAGAGGCGACCCCUUCUUGAGAGAACCAACAGGGGAAAGAAACGAAGGGAACGAAGGGGAGAGCUUUCUUGAAGGGGAUCAGUCUCUUGCGUUCAGACGAGUCAUGAUGACCAAGGAGUGCCGCGCUUUAAUAAAGCCCUCCAAUGUCAGACGCACAUUCUCCAAUUGGACCGAAAUCUGGCGGAAAAUGGAAUGCCAACGAUAUACCACUACCCCGAAACGAGCUCCGCUGGAGCGGAUGAAAAAGCUUGUUGGCCUGACGUUACGCUCCUAUUCAAACCCGGACACUAUGAUAUCCUGUAUCCGAGCGAAAUAGCGAAAUGCAUUGUUGAGGUACAAGAACAUGGCUUGCUGAAGAAGCUUCGGGAGCCCUGGACCUGUGUCGUGUGCAUGGCAGACGAAACCACAGAGGAGUCGAUUCAUUAUGACUAGGACGUAAUCUAAUAAUAGGUUGAGUGACAUUAAACAACCUACAAUCUAGUCCACCCUUCAUCGGUAAUUUAGCAGGUUAAUUAAUUAAUAUGCUCUGAUAGUGAACAAAGUGCGAGUUUGAGGAGGAAAUAGUAGAACUGAAACUGUGCUAUCGUGUAAUAGGAUGAGUCUCAUCAUGUCAAUGUUGUCAUAGAGGCUCCUGAUACAUGUCAUAAUACUUAGAAUACCAACUUCUACCAAUCAGAAUCAUGUGUUGUGAAGGAGAUUAACCUCUAAGAAAAGCGACCAUGGCCUUGUGAACACGGCAUCUGCCAGCCUUGCCAAGACGGCAUGAGGGAAGCUGGGCAGAGUCUCGACCUGUGUCCAGGAGGUUGCAGUAAAAUCCCCAUUUUUACGUAGCAUCAAGAGUCAGAGUCACAAUCAGGUGGUGAGUCAGAGAUAGGAAUGUUGCACUGACUUUUUGACCAUUUUGUGAUAAUAUUCGCGGUCAUUCAAU